CCCUUGACCUUGGUGUUACAAACACUGCUCUCUAACCAACUGAGCUAACUGGCCAGCCCCAUUCAUUUUUCCCUGGACGAAUAUUCACUGUUCUAGGUCCAGGUCAUAGAGUUGUGAAGGAGAGAGAUGCACACAGCCUUUCGUCUUGUGGGGUUUUACAGUCCACUUGAAGAGACAGAUCAGAAACAAGUGAACAAAUAAACAAGAUAAAUGCUGUUCUGUGGGUCCUCUGGGAGCCCGAUGAGCUACUUCAGAGGUGAAACCUGAAUUAUGAGAAGUGACUUAGCCAUGAAAGAUCUGAGUGUACAAGCAGAGGGAACAGCAAGUGCAAAGGCCCUGAGGUGGGCCGUGACUGUGGGUCUCCCCACCCGCCAGAGAUGGAGGCAAACCCAGCGGGCAGCGCUGCCGGGGGUGGUGGGAGCAGCGGCAUAGGGGGCGAGGACGGGGUCCAUUUCCAGAGCUACCCUUUUGACUUCCUGGAAUUCCUCAACCACCAGCGCUUUGAGCCCAUGGAGCUGUAUGGGGAACAUGCCAAGGCGGUGGCAGCCCUACCCUGCGCCCCUGGCCCCCCACCCCAGCCCCCGCCCCAACCGCCUCCUCCCCAGUAUGACUACCCACCCCAGUCUACUUUCAAACCCAAGGCAGAGGUGCCUUCCUCAUCUUCGUCGUCGUCAUCGUCUUCUUCCUCCUCUUCCUCGUCAUCAUCCUCCUCCCAAGCCAAGAAGCCUGAUCCGCCCCUGCCACCUGCCUUUGGGGCUCCCCCUCCUCCCCUCUUUGAUGCUGCCUUCCCAGCCCCACAAUGGGGCAUCGUCGAUCUCUCGGGACACCAGCACCUGUUUGGGAACCUGAAACGAGGGCCAGCAUCUGGGCCAGGGGUGACGCCAGGACUGGGCACUCCCACGGGGACUCCCGGGCCACUUCCCACCCCCUCGCAGACUCCACCAGGACCUGCCACAGGAGCCGCCUGUGACCCAACCAAGGAUGACAAAGGCUACUUCCGCAGGCUGAAGUACCUGAUGGAGCGGCGCUUCCCCUGUGGGGUGUGCCAGAAGUCCUUCAAGCAGUCCUCGCACCUGGUUCAGCACAUGCUGGUGCACUCGGGGGAGAGGCCAUAUGAGUGUGGUGUCUGUGGUCGCACCUACAACCAUGUCUCCAGCCUCAUCCGCCACCGCCGCUGCCACAAGGAUGUGCCGCCGGCCGCUGGAGGCCCACCCCAGCCUGGCCCACCGCUCCCACCGCUGGGCCUUCCUGCACCCGCCGCCAGUGCUGCUGCCACUGCCCCCACCAGUGUUUCUUCUGGCCCUCCAGCCACGUCCACGGCGCCCACCGCCUCCUCUGCAGAUGGGAACGCGGCCCCUGCAGCCCCUACUGGUGUUGGGGUGCCUCCUCCAACAGGGGGCAGCGAGGGCCCGUUUGCCUGCCCGCUCUGCUGGAAGGUCUUCAAGAAGCCCAGCCACCUCCACCAGCACCAGAUCAUCCACACGGGCGAAAAGCCCUUCUCCUGCUCCGUAUGCAGCAAAAGCUUCAACCGGAGGGAGAGCCUUAAGCGGCACGUGAAGACACACUCGGCCAACCUCCUGCGCCUGCCGUGUGGCAUCUGCGGGAAGGCUUUCCGCGACGCCUCCUACCUCCUCAAGCACCAGGCGGCCCACGCCGGGGCGGGGGCCGGGAGUCCUCGGCCGGUGUACCCCUGCGACUUGUGUGGCAAGUCCUAUUCAGCUCCGCAGAGCCUGCUCCGGCAUAAGGCUGCCCAUGCCCCGCCUGCAGCCGCCGGAGAUGCUCCCAAAGACGGGGCAGCCUCGGUCCCGCAGCCCCCGCCCACCUUCCCUUCUGGCCCAUACCUCCUGCCUCCUGACCCUCCUGCCACAGACAGUGAGAAGGCGGCGGCGGCUGCAGCAGCUGUGGUGUAUGGCGCCAUGCCGGUUCCGCUGCUGGGAGCCCACCCGCUGCUGCUUGGCGGGGCUGGGACGAGCGGGGCGGUAGGCUCUGGCGCCACAGUCCCCGGAAAGACGUUCUGCUGCGGCAUUUGCGGGCGCGGCUUCGGGCGCCGUGAAACCCUGAAGCGCCAUGAGCGCAUCCACACUGGCGAGAAGCCCCACCAGUGCCCCGUGUGCGGGAAGCGCUUCCGUGAGUCCUUCCACCUGAGCAAGCACCACGUAGUGCACACGCGCGAGCGGCCCUACAAGUGCGAGCUCUGUGGCAAGGUCUUUGGCUACCCGCAGAGCCUCACUCGCCACCGCCAGGUGCACCGGCUCCAGCUGCCCUGCGCCCUGGCCGGGGCUGCUGGCUUACCAGCCACCCAGGGUGCGCCAGGGGCCUGUGGGCCAGGGGCCUCUGCCACAUCCACGGGGCCAGCUGAUGGGCUGAGCUAUGCCUGCUCGGACUGCGGCGAACACUUCCCAGAUCUCUUUCACGUCAUGAGCCACAAGGAGGCCCACAUGGCGGAAAAGCCAUACGGCUGCGAUGCCUGUGGCAAGACCUUCGGUUUCAUUGAGAACCUCAUGUGGCACAAGCUGGUCCACCAGGCUGCCCCCGAGCGUCUGCUCCCGCCCACACCUGGCGGCCCCCAGCCGCCAGAUGGCUCCAGUGGCGGCGAUGUGGCCAGCGUGCUGGACAAUGGGCUGGCUGGAGAGGUGGGGGCGGCCGUGGCGGCGCUGGCAGGAGUGUCUGGGGGUGAGGAUGCAGGCGGGACAGCGGUGGCUGGGGCCGGCGGGGGUGCCAGUUCCGGCCCCGAGCGCUUCAGCUGUGCCACGUGUGGCCAGAGCUUCAAGCACUUCCUGGGUCUCGUGACUCACAAGUACGUGCACCUGGUGCGGCGGACCCUGGGCUGCGGCCUCUGUGGUCAAAGUUUUGCUGGCGCCUAUGACCUGCUCCUGCACCGCCGCAGCCACCGGCAGAAGCGGGGCUUCCGUUGCCCAGUGUGCGGGAAGCGCUUCUGGGAGGCAGCCCUGCUGAUGCGCCACCAGCGCUGCCACACAGAGCAGCGGCCCUACCGGUGUGGCGUGUGUGGCCGAGGCUUCCUGCGCUCCUGGUACCUUCGGCAGCAUCGCGUGGUGCACACAGGGGAGCGCGCCUUCAAAUGCGGCGUAUGCGCCAAGCGUUUUGCCCAGUCAUCUAGCCUGGCGGAGCACCGGCGGCUGCAUGCUGUGGCCCGGCCCCAGCGCUGUGGCGCCUGUGGCAAGACCUUCCGUUAUCGCUCCAACCUGCUGGAGCACCAGCGGCUGCAUCUGGGCGAGCGCGCCUACCGCUGUGAGCACUGUGGCAAGGGCUUCUUUUACCUGAGCUCGGUGCUGCGCCACCAGCGCGCUCAUGAGCCACCGCGGCCCGAGCUCCGCUGCCCUGCCUGCCUCAAGGCCUUCAAGGAUCCGGGCUACUUUCGUAAGCACCUGGCGGCCCACCAGGGCGGCCGGCCCUUCCGCUGCUCUUCCUGUGGUGAGGGUUUCGCCAACACCUACGGCCUCAAGAAACACCGCCUGGUGCACAAGGCUGAGGGCCUUGGGGGAGCUGGAGCGGGGGCAGGCACCUUGGCCGGGAAGGAUGCCUGACCAGGGGGGCAGGUUCCUAUCUGCCACUUCAAUCAGAUGUCCUCUUCCAGACUUACCCCCUUCUGGGGCUGCCAUUUAGACUCUUCCGCUCCUUGUCUCCCCAUCCUUAAGAACGUCAGACGGACUAGUCUCCUUCAGGGCCCAUGCCCUACAAACUCGAGACUGAAUCACUCCCAUCCUGGACCUCUCUGGCUCUUCCCUCAUCCCCUCAUCCCCUCAGACACUGAACUUGAUCUUCCGUCCAACCCUUUUUUGUAACCCUCAUCAGCGUCCUCCCCCAGCCCCCAGCAGCAUUCUGUUCCCAAUAAGCUUUGGUGAAGAUGGGUCUGAAAUGCCUUUCCCCCUUCAUUUGUAAUCGGGCUGGACAGUGGAAUAUGAGCUGAGUUGGGAGGGCACAAGGUAGG